UAAGCUUGCAUCUUUGACGCUUCUUUUGUUUACUUUCUUCAAAUGUCCUAUUCCGACUUCCUUCUCUUCUCUUCAUUUAAUUUGAUUUUUCGUUUUAAUUAACUGUUUGUGCUUAAUAUUAUUUUAUUGAUUUUGAUUUUGCUUGACACCAUCCAUCCUGAAUAUCAAUAUUAGUGUCAUCAAUCCCAUCAACAUCUGUACUUGCUUCCAAACCAUAGAGCCUUUCCAUUCCUAAUUUUUUGUUAUCUUUUGCCAUGGCUGUAAUUAAUUUUACUGAAGGUAUUUUUAAACCCUUUAUCCGUUUUUUUGUUUCCCUAACCCACGGUUUAUUUCCUUUUAUCUCCUCUUCCCCAGACGACAUAAUAAAACGUAAAUUGCUCAUCGAUGGAGAUGGACUAGGAGAUGAUCGUCGUAUUAAUCUUAUGCUUAAAACCUUUUUCAAAUGGUGCAGUACUCAUGAAAAUGACGAAGAACAGGCCCUUAACUAUGAGAGGAUACUUUUAAUGUUGACUAAUUGCGAACAUUCAAUGGCCAAAUCACAGCAAAUACUUUCCAUGAAUCAUUUGGAGAUGAAAAAUUACCAAGAACUCUACAAUAAGAUUGAUACAGGAAUAGCUGAUUCUCAGAGGAAAAUUGCUGAAUUGAAAGCUGAACUACAACAAGCAAAGAUUGUGAGAAAAAAUAAACAAGAGUAUGAUGUCUUGGCGCAAAUAAUUAUGGACAAUCCGGAUCGUUGUGAUACUCUAAGUCGAUUAAACCAAUUAGAGGAAGAGAUUAAUAAACUACAGCAAAUCAAAGAAAAUCUCAACAAAAGAUUGGAAAAGCGCGGUAAACAAUUCCAAGUUUUAUUAACAUCAGCCCAUGAGCUCAAGAAAAUGCUCUCAGAUGAAGACAAUAAUAUUGUCAACAGUAUAGAUGACCAAUUUUUGGACAAUCUCAAAAGAAGUGAUAAACCAGCUCACGUAUAAUGUUUAAAACCACCCAAAACUUGUGACCAGCAAGAAUAUUGUUCAUUAAUAACUAAAUACUUGAUGCUACAAUCUUCGACAUUCUAAACAUAAUAACGUGUGCAACGUGUGCUUUAAAAAUCCUUUUAUUUUUCAACACUUAUUAACCUACAUUAAUCCUCGAAUUUAAUUUGAGAUGUUAAGAUGAACCAAACUCGACAAAUUAAACUCUGUAUUUAGCAACAUGGCUAGACAUCGAAAUGAGUCGGAUUAAUACAAUUUGGACUAGCAUAAAAAAUAGAAACAAUUGAUUAAAAAUUUGUUUAAAAUACUGUUCAAACGUCCAAUCUACAAUGUAAAAGCAAUAUUAUAAUAUACUGUUACGUCGAGUCAGAAAGAUUCAAAGGAAAAGGACGACAUUUCUUUCAUUCAUUUUAACACCUGAAUUGUCUGUAAAAAAGCUCCUAGCGGUUAUUAAAGUUCAUAGCAGUAAUCUACACUCUAA